AUGGCAAGCUUCGCCCGCUUCCUGUAUUCCCAACUCUUCAUCACACCCCCACCCCCCAAGGCCGACCUAACCGGCAAAAUCGUCCUCAUAACUGGCUCCAAUACGGGCCUAGGCAAAGAAGCAGCCCGACACUAUGUCUCUCUCAACGCCUCAACUGUCAUCCUCGCCGUGCGCUCCCUUGAAAAAGGCGAAGCAGCCGCCAAAGACAUUGAGACGACCACCAGCCGCCAAAAUGUAAUAAAAGUUCUCCACCUCGACAUGUCGUCGUACCAAUCCGUGCUCGAUUUCGCUUCCACUGUUAGCAAGGAGGUGGACCGGCUCGACAUCGCCAUCCUCAACGCCGGCGUAAAUCGCGGCGUCUGGGAACUGUUCGAGCAAGACGAGUCCACCAUCACCGUCAACGUCGUUUCAACUUUCCUUCUCUUUUUCUCUCUUCUCCCUAAACUCCGGGAUACUGCGAACAAAUUCAACGUGCGGCCGACGCUGACGGUUGUGAGUUCGCUAAUGCAUCAGUGGACGGGGUUUGCGGAAAGGAAAGCACCCGAGGGACAGUUGUUUGAGCGGUUGAGGGAGGAGGUUGUACAAGGAAAGAAGGUGGAUUUGAUGGAUAGGUAUUCUGUUAGUAAGUUGAUGGAGGUGCUUGUUGUGAGGGAAUUUUGUGGGAGGAAUCAGACUGGGGAUGGGAAAAGGGGAAUGCCGGUUACGGUGAAUACUGUUAAUCCGGGGUUCUGUCAUUCGGAGUUCGGUCGCGAAGGCCCCUUCUUCGAGGCUAUACCGCGUUUCUUUCUUGCUCGGACUACGGAAGUUGGGUCGAGGACGCUGGUGCAUGCGGGUUUGCAGGGUGAGGAGACACAUGGGAAGUAUUUGAGUGAUUGCGAGAUUAUGGAGCCGAGUACAUAUGUUAGGAGUGAGGAAGGAAAGAAGGAUCAGGAGAGGGUGUGGAGGGAGUUGAUGGUGAAAUUGGAGAGCAUCAAGGCAGGAGUUACGCAGGGGUAUUAA